AUGUAUUCGUCCAUUUUCACCUUCAGCACCAGGCUUCCGCCACUUACGCCUUCCAAGAUGGAGGUCGAUGAAGAUGAUAACACUAUCGUCGAGAUUGCCGCUGACGGCGAUGUUAUCAUGGUCGUCGGUUCAGAGCAGAACGAGUUUCGGCUCUAUUCUUUGUUUUUGAAGACUACAUCCAAGGUCUUCAAAGCCAUGCUGGGUCCCAAUUUCGCUGAGGGUCAGCAGCUCAUCACCAGCGGCAAUCGAGAGCUGAUCAAGAUCGACCUCCCACAGGACGACGUUGAGAGCAUGGAGUUCAUCUUCAGAGUCAUUCAUCAUCAAUUCGACGCCUUGCACAACCCCGAAGACUUCCCUUUCUUCGAAAUCUUGGUCGCCGCAGACAAGUACGAUCUACUUCCUGCCAUCAAAUAUGCCUUCCACCAUGCUUUAGCUGCUGUUGUGGAGAGAGAACAGACCCUCGAGCAAAUGUGCUGUGAGGACCUCUGGAAACUGGCCAUGGCUGCUGCUUUUGUCACGAAUGCCCCUGCCUUCAAAGCUGCAACCCGCGCUUUGAUCUUACACUGCGAUGAGGGUUAUCUCGUGUAUGCCAAGGAAUGGUCAUUCAAUGAGGUCGACGACGAUGCCAGCAUGGCCCAAAAUAAUGCGAGUACCGCCAGCUACGAUGCUAGCAAGAUCAUCGACGUCGCUGCCGAUGGCGACAUCAUUAUGAUCGUUGGUCCCGACAAAAGGAAGUUCCGAGUCCACUCUAUCAUGCUCAAGUUCGCUUCGAAGGUUUUCAAAGCCAUGCUAGGUCCUAAUUUCGUAGAGGGCCGUCAACUCCGCAACAACAGCCUCCGCGGCGAAAUCACCGAGAUUAAGCUCCCGGAAGACAACGCCGAUGGCAUGAGCACCAUUUUCUAUCUUCUUCAUCAUCGCGUCGACAAAAUACCGGAUUCCUUCCCCGCUCUUGUCUUGUUCCAGAUCGGCGUCGCCGCCAACAAGUACGAUUUGGUCAUCAUCUUGAAGCACACCAUCGCUGACACUAUCCAUCGGACCAUCAAUGACGGCAGAGAGUUGGAAGAUAUGAGCAUGCUUGAUGUCUGGUAUCUUACCAUUACUGCAGCCUGCUUCGAUGACCCUGCCAACUUUGCAACACUUACUCACGCCUUGGUCUGGCAUUACAGCGACGCCUUCGUCCAUUUGGUGGAGAAGGCAGCCAUCGAUGAUUUACUGGCGUAUCGCUUGUGUGGUCUUCUUGAAAUGGAACGCUCCAAGAUUCGCUCCGAAAUCUAUCAGGGAGUUCUCAUCGCGUGCUCCGGGCCAGGCCAGCGUUUUGAUGGACAUCUUACCAAGAUUGAUUGGGCCUAUAGGCCUGGUGACAAGUGGGAUAUGGCUGAGACUCUGACAAAGGGAAGCUUACACACGAUAUGGGAAUACGUCGACGACACGGACCUGCAGUUUCACCUCAUGGAUGACGAGACAUACGUCGAUGAAUCCACGGAGUUGCCGUGGAUGAAAGCUGUCCGUAAAACUGGAAUGGUAAUGGACAGCCCGCUGAGCAAAAACAUGACAAUCGACAAGCCCAACAUGGUGACGACAACGACAACGACGACGGCGUCGGAAAAGUUCUUCGAAGUGCGCUCGCCGGCCAGCUUCGCGGCGCGGAUGUGGUCGCGCACGGCGCACAGCGGCGUGCCUGUCGUGCCGGACGGCGACGUGAUCCUCGUCGUCGGACUGGGCGACGAGACGGCGGAGCUGCGCGUGGACUCACUCAUCCUGAAGCGCGCGUCGCGGGUGUUUGGCGCGAUGCUCGGCCCCCGCUUCAAGGAGGGCCAGAGGUUGCUCGACCGCAACGGCGGCGCCUCAUCCGAGCCCGUCAAGAUCAACCUGCCAGACGAGGACCCGGAGAUCAUGGAGCUGAUUCUGAACAUCCUGCACCACCAGAACUCGCGGGUGUGUCAGAUGGCGGCGGCGGAUUCGAUCCUGGAGGUGGCUGUCGUGGCGGAUAAGUAUGACCUGGUCGAUGCGCUCAAGUACGCGUCGCAGACGAUGCUGCAUUACCAUGAGCCGUCGAUUGAGCAUCUGACCGUCGGGGACUUGUGGCGCUUGGGGCUGGCGGCAGGGCUGCUGAAUGAGGGCAAGGCUUUUGAGAAGGUGACGAGGAUGCUGGUGUGGAAUCAUACGGUGCCGUAUAUCCAGCUCGUAGACGCGGAAGAUGUGGUUGACAUUGAGUUCGGGCUGCGGAUGUGCUAUCUAUUGGAGAAGGAGAGGCAAGACUUAAAGACGUCUUUGCUGCAGCACCUACUGCCGAUUAUUUCCACUGGGAAUCAGCUGCGCCUGGUUGAGAUCAAGGUCGAUUCGGCGGAACAUUUCGACGCGUGGCCGGAGUUGAUGAAGCUGUUCGGGGCCAGCCUCAAUGAGAUGACCCGGUUCGCCGAGGGGCUCGUUCUAGCGGACCGAAGCCGCCGCGCCGCGGGGCCCAACUCGGACUUCAUGAGGCACUUCAGGAGUCGGGGCGGGAUACGUCUGGAGGACGCGCGGAAAGGCCGCGACUGA